ACCACCUACUCUUGUUCUGUUGUUUAGUACAAACUGAAGGGAGCGACAUAUAGCUUACAGUAAAUCACACUUCUUUAUCAGUGUGAUUAAUUUCACUAAGGAUUCCACUGAUAUAAAUUAGCAUUUUGGAUCAGGAGAAUUAAACGGAACUUUGGGUGUAAGGACGCCUGUUUUUUUAAACUGAACUAUGCUAGCAUUGCUAGCUAAUUAGCCUCCGCGUCGUUGCCUCCUCUUCAUGGGUUUCGGCUGUAGAUUCCUGCCAGUCGUCUGACACAUUAAUGCCAUCAGCCAGGAACUCAGGUCACAUCAUGAGCGGGGCGAGCUGCAAAGCUAACGGCGCCGUGUACCCCGCCUCAUCCGCGGUGAUGAACUCCGUGAAGAAGCCGAAGAUGGAGCAGAUCCAGGCCGACCAUGAGCUCUUCUUGCAGGCCUUUGAAAAACCUACUCAGAUAUACAGAUUCCUCCGUACAAGGAACCUCAUUGCGCCCAUAUUUUUGCACAGGACCCUCACCUUCAUGUCUCACAGAAAUAAUCGAACAAAUGCCCGAAGGAAAACAUUCAAAGUGGACGAUUUGUUAAAGACAAUAGAUAAAAUGAAACUAGAGCAGGAUUCGCCAAGCUUGUCUUCACACCUACAAUUAACAUUCACCGGGUUCUUCCAUAAGGAUGAAAAGCCAUCUCAGAAUUCAGAGAACGAGCAACAUUCAGUGUCAUUAGAGGUGCUACUUGUCAAAGUCUGCCAUAAAAAACGCAAGGAUGUCAGUUGCCCGAUAAAACAAGUGCCUACCGGUAAAAAGCAGGUGCCUUUGAAUCCUGACUCCAAGCAGACCAAGCUGGGCUCCUGCCCCUCUUUACUCGUCCCCAGCAAUGAGUUUGAGCCCAGCAACAGCCACACGGUGAAGUCCUAUUCGCUCCUCUUCAGGGUGUCGCGCACUGGGAGAAGUGGUCUGGUCAAUGGGGAGGCCAAUGAGAAUAUUGAUGUGACAGAAACUCCCAGUAGAAAGAAGAGAGGUUCAGCCCACAGAGAGGAGGGAGGGACCACAGAGACCUAUAUUGCACAGAUGACUGUCUUUGAUAAGAAUCGGAGGCUGCAGCUGCUGGACGGAGAGUACGAGGUGUCAAUGCAAGGGAUGGAUGAGAGUCCAGUCAGCAAGAAACGGGCGACGUGGGAAACGAUCCUUGAUGGCAAGAGAAUCCCACCGUUUGAGACGUUUUCUCAGGGACCCACGCUGCAGUUCACGCUGCGUUGGACAGGCGAUGCCGGAGCAAAGUCCACCGCGCCUGUAGCCAAACCUCUUUCAACCCGCAACUCAGAAACCACCAGCCCAAUGGAGACCCGGACCAGCCACCACCGCGCAGCCCUUAUGAAGAAACAUUCAGCAGAGAUCAACUCAUGUAGCACACAACUAAAGUUGAAAGACUCAGUCAGCACAGACAGUCAGACGAGGAAAGAGCAGAUCCCAUCUGAGCCUCGCCAGAAGCUCCGUAUAUUUUAUCAGUUCCUGUACAACAAUAACACGCGGCAGCAGACCGAGGCCAGAGACGAUCUCCACUGUCCCUGGUGUACUCUGAACUGCAGCAAACUCUACAGCCUGCUCAAGCACCUCAAGCUCUCCCACUCGCGUUUCAUUUUCAACUAUGUGCCUCACCCCAAAGGAGCAAGGAUAGAUGUGUCCAUCAAUGAGUGCUAUGAUGGCUCCUACGUGGGCAACCCUCAGGACAUUCACAGCCAGCCGGGCUUUGCUUUCAGCCGAAACGGCCCAGUUAAAAGGACCCCAGUUACUCACAUACUGGUCUCAAGGCCCAAGCGGACCAAACCUAGUCUGUCGGAGUUCUUGGAGUCCGAGGACGGCGAGCUGGAGCAGCAGAGGACGUACGUCAGUGGCCACAACCGGCUCUACUUCCACAGUGACAGCUGCAUGCCGCUGCGGCCCCAGGAGAUGGACGUGGACAGCGAAGACGAGAGAGACCCAGAGUGGCUCCGAGAGAAGACGGCCACGCAACUGGAUGAGUUCACAGACGUCAAUGAGGGAGAGAAGGAGGUGAUGAAGCUCUGGAACCUGCAUGUCAUGAAUCACGGCUUUAUAGCAGACAACCAGAUGAAACAAGCCGUCAUGCUUUUCGUGGAGAACCUUGGCGCUCACAUCAUCCGCCGCAACCUCUGCCGCAACUUCCUCUUGCACUUGGUCAGCAUGCACGACUUCAACCUGGUGAGCACGGCCACCAUCGACGAGGUGAUGGCGAGCCUGCGAGAACUCAAAGAAGAGCUGCCGGACGCCAAGGAGGAGCAGCAGGACGAGGCGAUGGGGCCGGCGGGAGGCUACAACGGCAGCGCCGUUACGUCCAGCGGAGGGAAGCAGGGCAAGCGGACAAAAAGCGCUCUAACAGACUGAUGUCGGUCUGGAUGGACGGGACAGAGACCCACAUGGGGCUUUAUGAUUUUGUUUUCUGGUAAAUCAAGGAACAUUUCCAACCCUUUGGUGCUUAGAUAGGCUAACAAACUGGCAGUCGGAGGAUCUGAGCUGACCAGUACUGAGGCUAAACAGGUUUCUGAAACUUGAGAACUGAACCAAAUAUGAACAAUAAUGACAGCGAAUCACCCACAUCCACUUUGAAGACGCGAGAUGAUGCAAAUUGGCCCUGCUUUUACCACACUUAUCGUAGGAGCCGCCAACGUCCCCUUUUUAUGGGAGAACGAACAAAGCGUGUCUCCUCUUAUUUCACAACUGAUUUAACGAUGUUGUGGAGGAUUGUAUGAAGGCUACAGUUAAAACUGUACUGAGGACUUUGUCGCUAUUUGUACACAUAAAAUUUAACCAUGUUUAUAACUUUUAGCUGAUUAUUUUAGCACUUCUUGGUUGUUUCUAGAAAGUUAAAUCAACAAUUUAAAAAAAAACACACAAAUAUUACGCCACAUACAAUAUUGAGGAUUGUUUUGAUGCUCUCAUUGGUGAAGAAAUUGGCUGUGGAUUAUUUAAUGCGCAUAUGAGAGCCCUGUACAGAAAAUCAAAUCUGUAGUUGACAGUAAGGCCUGAUCUCUAUGAAUCCUGCAAAGUUUGUGUUGGGGUCCCAGCAUGGUUAUUGUUGGCAAGUUGUCCUGAAAGUAGUGUUAUAGUAUAUUCAAUCUUGAACAUGGUAAAUUCAAAUUUUGUUUUCAUCAACUCGUAAGUGUUUCUGUGAGAAAGCUUAAGGGAAGACAGGGAAAUCAGUGGGAUACUUUUAUUUUUCCUAGAAACCAGCAGCACAUCACUCUCUGUGGCAUGUUUGGUGAGUAGUAUCAAAAAUAGCAUACUUGGUUUUCCGAUGUCAGCAUCUGCAGGUUUUCCUAUUUUCAAAGUUGUUUUACUGACGUCAUCAGUAGAGGAAAUAUGUUUUCAUGUAAAUCACAUGAACUGUUUUUAGCUGUGUCCCGUUCCUGGUCUAGUGACCGACAAGUUGCAGUUUUUCUCUUAUAGCGGUAGGUUGUUUAUUUUAAUGCUUGGUCCUUGUUAGAUACAGUUUAUGCCAAAGGGGGAUAUUUUCACCAGUCUUUUUUAUUAUUAUUAUUAUUAUUUUAACUUCAGAAAACUUUUAUUUUCAGUCCUAUUUUCUUGUGCACAUGAAACUGUCACUAUUUCAAUCAGACAGCCAAACUACCCAUAUAGUUUUUCUGUUCACCGUUUAUUGAGGCUGACAUAUUCAUCAAUACUGUCUGAACACAUUGUGUACUUUGGAGUAUUUUAUAUUUAAAGAAAUAAAAUACAUUUGCCCUUA